UAAGUAGAAGUUAGACAUGAGACCGCAAAAAGUUUCGGUCGACGUGUGGAAAAUGGUAUUCUGGACUCUAUCCUAUCUCGCCCUCGCCUUCGUGGCCUGGGUCUUUCUGAAGCUGGUGAACGCCUGCUUCUGGUUACCCAAACAUCUCAAGAACCAAGAGCGAACCGAAGCCGAACAAUUGCUGCAAAACCAAGAAGCGCAAUCGGAUGGUGCUACAACCGAAAUUGGAGAAGAAGCAGAAGGUGGCGACGACAAGAAAACCGUCUAGUGUUUGUUCAAUAAUUACUUAAAAUUUAAAACAAUCUUACUGUAACAUCAUUAUCAAAUGUGGCCAACUUCGCUACUCUACAAAUGUAUUUAAUUUUUAUUCCUCCAUUUAAUGGAUUAUUUUCUAUUAUAUUACUAUGCACUGU